CAAAAUUUCAAAAAGAAGAAGCAGCACGAACAGAAUAGAAGAACCAAAAACUACGAAAAAUUUUUAAUUCGGUUUUUGAUUUUUUGAAAAUUUUUGCAUUAUAUUUUUCCUUUUAUUUUGUUAUUAAAGUCAUACAAAAUACAAGUUUUUACAAUAAAAAACUUUCCAAUAAAUAGAACUUAUUAUAAAAAAAGUAAAAUCAAAAAGAAAAUAUAAAUGCCAUUACAACAACAUCUAUUUUUAUGAAUUUUUGAACAUUUGUUACGUAUAAACAUCUAUUCAUUUUGAAUAUAAAAUAACAACAACUAAUCCUCCGAAAAAUAAAAAACGAAUUUGUUUUUGUAACCAACUCUUCCAAAUAUGGACUUAUCAUCAUCGAUUUCUUCAACCUCCACCAAAACAUAUACGACAGCAGCAGGUCUAUCACAGACACAAACGCCAAAUCAAAUUGAUAACGCUGAAACAAACAAUAGUACUGGAACAAUCAAUAAUGAUGAUACCGCCGGCAGUUAUAGCUUAUAUGACAGUGCUAUGGACAAUAGUUUGACAACUUUUGUUUCCUUUAGUGAAAGUGCCAAUAAUAAUAGUUCUUUGAAUUCCACAACAAACAGUAGUACACCCAAGACAACAACAUCGUCAAGUGAUAAUUUUUCACAUCUGAAUUCAUCUGGAUCGUCGUCAAUAAAUGAUUUUGAUACAACGAUAAAUGGCAGUGAAAUAGAAGAGGAUGAAAUUACAAGGACAACUUCAACAGCAACUAUAACGGAUGCGGCAGUAGCGGAAUCUAACAAAACCGCAACAAAGACUUAUGAUUUUGGUCCCCAUUAUAAUAUUUCAACGCCGCUUGAUCAUUAUACUAAUAAUGUGAAUGCCAGCAUGUUAUUCAUACAAUCGGAGAGCACAGAGACCAAUACUUCUCAGGAAGAAGUCGAUCCUAAAUCUCAAUUAGCAAAUAAGACAAUAUUCAAAACCGAUAAUCCCAAUUUGUCAAUUAUAGAAAUUAAUGAGAAUUCCAUUAAGGAGCAGGAUAUUGAAAAUUCGGUAUUGGUGAUUGAGACCUCAUCUGACGAUGAGGACACAGAACACUCGGAACAAAAGCUGGCAGUUGGUGCAACCAAUGUUGGUUCUAUGAGUUCUUUUGCCCAUAACGUCAUUACAUCGUCCAAUAAAAAUGUUUCGCCUAAUAAAUUACCAGCUGAGAAUGCAGCUGAAAAGAGACGUAGAAAAGCCGAAUCACUUAUACAUUCGAGCAAACAAAAACUUAAUAUUGCCAUUGCCGAGGCUUCGGCCGCCGAAUCAGCAUCGCCAGCUGCAGUUGUUGGUGACUCAGCCGUUGUUGGCAAUGGCCUACAGCCAGUGACAAAACGCGAAAUAAAAAUAUACGAUAGUCUUGAAGAAUUUGAAAAGAAUUUGCCAUCAACGGUUACUGUGCUGGACACACCGUUUGGCAGCAGAGUGUAUUUGGUGGGUACAGCACACUUUAGUGAAGACUCACAGGAUGAUGUGUCAUUUGUUAUUCGUAAUGUCCGUCCAGACGUUGUAAUGGUCGAAUUAUGUCCAUCACGUAUACCAAUUUUAAAACUAGAUGAAAAAACCCUUUUGGAAGAAGCCAAAAAUUUCAAUAUAGCAAAGAUUCGCAAUAUCAUCCAAUCGCAUGGUUAUAUUAAUGGUAUAUUUUUCAUUUUACUACUGCAAAUGAGUGCACAAAUUGCCAAAGAUUUAGGAAUGGCACCUGGUGGAGAAUUUCGUCGAGCUUUUGAAGAGAUUCACAAGUUACCCGGUUGCAUGCUACAUUUAGGUGAUCGGCCAAUACGCAUAACUUUGCAUCGUGCAUUGAGAGCCCUGUCCUUGUGGCAAACCGUGAAACUUGUGUGGCGUUUGACAUCGACCGAUACCAUAAGCAUUGAAGAAGUAGAAGAAUGUAAGCAACGUGAUCUGUUGGAGAAGCUAAUGCAAGAAAUGGCUGGCGAAUUUCCAGCAUUUUCCGAUGUCUUUGUUAAGGAACGUGACUUAUUUUUAUGUCACUCUUUGCAAUUGGCCGCCUUGCCUCAACCGCCAGCAGAUGGUGCAGGACGACCCAAACCGGUCAGAGUGGUGGGUGUUGUGGGCAUCGGUCAUGCCAAUGGUAUAGCCAAGAUGUGGGGUCGUGUCGACCCUCAGACAAUACCAGCCAUAAUGGAAAUUCCACCGGCCAGUUUAAGUACACGUGUCUGCAAAUAUACAUUUAAGUACGGCCUAAUCGGCUUAACCAUAUUUGGAGCUUUCAAGUUGCUUAGACCGCGCCUGGCUCGUUUUUAUUGAUUUUUGUGGCAGCCUUUUCUAAAUUCGUUUAGUACAAGUUUAUGCUUUUAAAAACCGAAAGAAGAAAAUUAUAUAUAAUAGUGUAUGUAUAUUCAAUAUUAUGGCAAUUUGUUUUAGGCAUUAUAAUGCAAUAUUAUAUUAAUUUUAAAUUCAAUUUAAUGAAAUAUAUAUGUAUGUUUAUGUAUAUCAACAACAUUCGUUAUUUUACUUAAUACAUAGUAUGUUUAAUGUUCGAUGCAAAAGAAUAAAAUUCUUAAUUUUUCGUAAUAAAUUUUGUCAUAAACAUUUUCUUAAAAACCACUGAGACAGCUAGCUAAAUGGAAGAAAACCAAUCGAUAAAUCAAAAAAAGAAGAAAAGAAACAAAUAAAUUUUAGCUUUUACAUACAUGUAAACAUAUUUAAAUGUGAUUUUCCUUCCAUACUACAGGUGUUUGAAUUUUGUUUUUAACUAAUACAAGAAAAACUAAUUGAAACGAAAACGUACUUUAUGUGUAAAUAAUAUGUAAUGAAAAUGUGAUGAUUUAUGGCAUAUUCAAACAACAAACAAAAAAUACAUUUUUAACAAAGCAACUCCCAAGGAAACAUUCCUCAUAUUCAAUCUACUAUGUAGUUUAUAUAUAAUAUUUUAUGUUCCCUUUUUUAUAUAUACAUUUAAACAUAUGUAACAUAUAUAUAUAUAUACUAAAUAUAUUCCAGAGAUUUGAUCUAAAUAAAACAUAUAUAUAUUUACACAAAAACUUACAAAGGGAUUCAAAAAUAAAUAUUUCAAUAUAACAAAUAAAACAAUUUUAAUAAUAAUAAUAAUAAUAUUGAGAUGUAUUUUAGUUUUUAAGUAAUUGUUUUUAUUAAUUAUUGUAAAUGUUUGAAAUUGUAUUAAAAUUUAAAAUAAAAAAAGUAGUCUGUGCAUUUAUUACUCGUUGCAUGUAGAAUUUAUGUAAAUGAAAAUGUAAUAAUAAAAACAAACCAAUAAAAUUCUAAAUUAACAAAAAA